CCUCCGCCCGGCGCUGCCAACUUUUUCCAGCCGCUCCUCAACUUCCUCAAUCCAGCGGCAUAAAGAGCAGCCCCCGCAGCCCCCGCAGCCUCCGCAGCCCCCGCAGCCCCCGCAGCCCCCGCAGCCCCCGCAGCCUCCGCAGCCCCCGCAGCCUCCGCAGCCCCCGGCCCCGCCUGCCUCGACCUCCCACCCACAGCGCCAUGGGGAUCUGGUGGCCCACAGUGCUGGCCCUGCUGGUCCCCAGGGUGGUGGCCCAGCUGCACCCCCAGCCCGAGCUGGACGCCCAGUGGGACCUGUGGAAGAAAACCCACCGCAAGCAGUACAACGGGGAGGCAGAUGAGGUGGAACGGAGGCUGAUCUGGGAGAAGAACCUUAAAUACAUCAACACCCACAACCUGGAGCACUCCCUGGGCAUCCACACCUUCGAGCUGGCCAUGAACCACCUGGGUGACAUGACCAGCGAGGAGGUGGUGAGGACCAUGACGGGCUUGAAGGUGCCCCGUGGCCACCCACGCCACAACGAGACACUUUAUGUCCCCAACUGGGCUGAGAGAGCCCCGGCUGCUGUGGACUGGAGGAAGAAGGGCUACGUGACACCCGUCAAGAACCAGGGCCAGUGUGGCUCCUGCUGGGCUUUCAGCUCGGUGGGUGCCCUGGAGGGGCAGCUGAAGAGGAAGACAGGGAAGCUGCUGAACCUGAGUCCCCAGAACCUGGUGGAUUGCGUGGCCAACAACGACGGCUGCGGCGGGGGGUACAUGACCAACGCCUUCGAGUACGUGCGGCGGAACCGCGGCAUCGACUCCGAGGCUUCCUACCCCUACAUCGGCCAGGACGAGAGCUGCAUGUACAGCCCCACCGGCAAAGCCGCCAAGUGCCGCGGCUACCGGGAGAUUCCCGAAGGGAAUGAGAAGGCCUUGAAGAGGGCGGUGGCCAGGAUCGGGCCCAUCUCCGUGGGCAUCGAUGCCAGCCUGCCCUCCUUCCAGUUCUACAGCCGAGGUGUGUACUACGACGAGAGCUGCAACGGCGCCAACAUCAACCACGCGGUGCUGGCCGUGGGCUACGGCGCCCAGAAGGGCACCAAGCACUGGAUCAUCAAGAACAGCUGGGGUGAGGAGUGGGGCAACAAGGGCUACGUGCUCCUGGCCCGCAACGCCGACGCCUGCGGGGUGGCCAACCUGGCCAGCUUCCCCAAGAUGUGAGAGCUCCUUCUCAGCCUUCCUGCUCCGGAAUUCCAAAGCUGACAUCGCUCCAGGGGGAGAAAUCUCCCCUCCCUGGAGAAGGGAGACCCCCCCCCAGCCUUGUCUUUCCCGGGGUUCCUUUGCCUUUCCCGCCGCCGCAGACUUGGCCGGUUCCAGAGUCUGAUCCAUCAGGAGCUGCUGGUGCAAACACAUCCCAGAGGUGGAACGUCCCCCAUGGAGAGCGUGGAUCUGCCUCCUCCCCCCAGCCCAGGGGGGGCUGCAGAGAACGAGACCAAUUUAUUUUUAAAAUAAACACGUUGGGAAUGAA